AUGCAGGAGGAAAACAGCGGGGCCGAGAGACCGAAAAUUGCACCGAAGCCUGUAAUCCCAUCAAAGCCCAGGUUUGUACCUCCUGUGAAACUAGAGAAAAGAAUUAUACAAGAUGAAAACACGUCCACUGGCAAUAUUCCACGUUACCCCAAUAUCAGCGACACCAGACUGCAUAAGGAAUAUCCCAAGCCCCGGGAUUUUAGACAAAUACCCCGAAACGAUAAACAUUUCGGGUAUAAGGAAGUAUACACUUCAGAGAAGAGUAAUUACUUCAGUGAAACUAAACAAAUAGCUAGUGAAAGUUCCAAAUACAGAGAGUAUUCAUCGACGUACAUAGAUGAGAAAUGUGAUAAAUUUAGUACUAACUUAGAUACUUUGAAAAUACUAGAAGGAUUUUCCCCAAAGGCACCUCAAUCUCCCAGCACAGUGUGUUGUAGUAUACUAUCCAAUGCAACAACAGAUUGUUGUGGUGUUAUUAACGUUAACAAAAAGGAAUUGCCUGGUAAGGCUAUAACGAAAAUCGAUUCUUUGGACUCGAAUUCCUCGGAUUCUGGAGGCUUCAAAGACUUUGUACAGCUAGAUAUAUUUAAGAAACCAUCACCAGAUAAAGAUGUAAAAUACGAACUCCACCAGACUCACCAUCAGAGGAAGGCCUCCCAGUCCGACUUUGUCUUGAAAACUGCAUCAUCAGACAACAAUCCACCUAUUCACCAACGCCAAUUAUCCCAUUCGGAAUUCUCAUCCAGCGAAGUAAGGCAGUCUCUUUCGCACAAACAGAACGUUGCAAAUGCACAGGCCUUGGCGCAAUUCUUGCCGCAGACUGAACAAAAGUUACUGCAACACAAGCAGUCGAAAGAACGCAAUCACGAAGAAUUUUUGCAACACGUGGCGAGGUUUAGCGAAAUUCCAGCGCAACCUUCGGAAGAUCCGAAAUUCAAACCACCGAAGCCGGUUUUGAAGCACAGCCAGUUCCAACAGUCAACAAAGAAGCUGGAGGAACUGCUAGCACAGAGGUUGGAGAAAGAUAAGGUUCUGAAGAAGGGUCAGAGCUGCUUGGUGGAAGGAGAGAGUAGCCAGGAUGUUGAGCAUAAGGUGAUGAUCCAGAAGCAGCUGCAACAGAAGUUGCAGGCUGAUUUGCAGCAGACUGUUAAGCAGAUUCAGGAGAUUCAGAGUAUCGAGCUGAGGCUGCCUCAGAAUCGGAAAUGGACCGAGGUUUGUGUUGUGUUAGUAUGGAAUGUACCAUGGUGA